AUGGGCGACUGUCCAAAGGAUGAUCUUUCUACAACAUCGUCUAUGCACACUAGUAUUCUGCAAGAGGCUCUUGGGAGUAAUAGACGAGCUUCAGAAUCAUUGAUGUACAGCUAUAAGAGAAGCUUCAAUGGCUUUGUUGCCAAACUAACCGAGGAAGAGAAGAACAGAAUCACAAACAUGGAUGCAGUUGUAUCAGUGUUCCCAAAUGGUAUAAAAGAGCUCCAUACAACGAGGUCAUGGGAUUUCGUCGGUUUACCUCAACAAGUUACAAGAAGAACAAGUGUGGAGAGUGACCUUAUUAUAGGAAUGCUAGACACUGGAAUUUGGCCGGAGUCACAAAGUUUCGAUGAUCAAUAUUUUUCUGCUCCUCCAACCAAAUGGAAAGGAACUUGUCAAUCCUCACUUAACUUCACUUGCAAUAAGUACGUACUAUACUAA